AUGGAGAUAGCAAACCUGAGCACGGUCACUACUGUCAAUGAGUUGGCCCAAUUCCUCAGUGACGCUCAAUUACAAGACUUGUCUGUCUCUCCCCCAGUGGACUGCAUCGUCAUCUGCGCCUCCGCUGUCCUUUACGGCGCUGAGACACUUUUCAAAACUCUUACUGAGCAUCCAUCACUCACCAAGUGUGUGGUACUGUGUGGUGGUAUUGGCCACUCCACCACAUUACUCUAUGAGGCUGUCAAGCAACAUCCUCGUUACUCCCGGAUCGGCGAUGAGAUUACGAGUAGUCCAGAAGCCCGUGUGCUAGAGCGAAUCCUGGAAGAGUAUUUCGAUCGAUCAAAGAUCACCAGAGAAGAAUGCAGAAUCCUCAUCGAGGACCAGUCCACCAAUUGUGGACAAAAUGCCUUGUUCACCCGCAAAGUUCUCGACCAGGCAGGGUUCACAGACUUGAAAUCUUGUAUCGUGAUUCAAGAUCCUACGAUGAUGCUCAGGACAAAGGCAUCAUUUAAGAAAGUCUAUGAAGAUUCGUCAUCUCCUAUUUCAUUCAUCAGCUGCCCGGGAUUUGUUCCACAGAUGAAAUUGUCGCCCUCUGAGUCGCUGGAAUACGACACUGCUUUGGAGGCCUCCACUUUGUGGUCGAUACCACGGUUCCUAGACUUGAUCAUGGGCGGGAUCCCAAGGUUGAGAGACGAUGAAGAGGGAUAUGGGCCCAGGGGCAAAGGGUUCAUUGCUCAUGUUGACAUACCGAAAAGCGUUGAGCUCGCCUGGUCAAGAUUGAAGGCGGCGGUGGGGCACGACUUGGACUUCGAUUCGACUAUUCAUCAAAUUCAGCUCGCUAUGGAUCCGCCACCGUUUGGCCCCUCGUCAUUUCACCAAAUACCUCAGUCACUACCAAUCUCGGCGCUUCAGGGUAUGCUCGAUGCCGAAGGAUCGAACAACCAGAUAUCUGAUGAUCCAAGUUUUGACUGGGAUGCUCUGAAUAACUCUUAUCCUUGCUCAUCGGAGCCGUCCAACCUCGAGUGGCCUCAGUGGGCGGAUCUCCGCUCAUCCACCACAUUAAACGUCGAGAGACAAAGCGAUUUAGCAUUGCAGACUCUCGAAGUAACAAAUAAAGCAAUCCCAAGUCCACGAAGUGCCAAUUUACUGGACUUUGUUCAACCGCAGAAUCUUUCGAAUGUCUCUCAAUGGCUAGAUGGCGCAUAUCGACCCUCGGUGCCUUGUACUCAUUGCCGUAGACACAGGCUACAGUGUCUUAUACUUCGCACUACGGAUGCGAACCCCAAUCCUGUCACAUCAUGUUCCAGUUGUGUCGCACUUUUCCGCGAGUGCAGUCUCGCCAAGGGAACAAAAAGGCUUCCGUGUGGAUUCGAGACAUUCUCUCCCGUUCUAGGCAAUCUGCAUGGCCUUCCUGAGCAAACAGGAGAUAUCGAAAAUACUAUUUUGGCAUCUGUAGAGUCACCAGAAGACCGCAAAGAAUCCAAGCAGUUUGUCAGAAAAGGCGCCAGGGUUCUCCGAGAAUGGUUCGUAAGAAACCAGGAGUAUCCCUAUCCAACCGAGGACCAAAAAGCCCAGCUAUGCCAAGAAACGGGCUUCUCGCAUAAGCGCAUCUCGACAUGGUUUGCAAAUGCUCGUCGACGACAGAAGCAAAAGAUUCAGACAGCAAAUGUCCCGACACCUUCUCAUUUCAGAUCCGGAUCACCACUCGUCACGAGCACAAUCACCUCCAUGUCUCCCAUGGAAAGAUGGAAGGCAUCGCCUCCGGAAGAUGAACCCGUCCCAGAAGCUACCAUUCAGGAUGCCAUUGCCUCGGUCUCUCUUGAGGCAGACAUGAUAAUGGAACCCUUCCAAUUCGAUCCAUUGAGCAUUGACUUAUUCAAUUUCGACGAAACGUCGUCUCAUCUUGCAUCUUCCGUGUCCAGUUUUGAAAGCAGGACGUCUGAAACGUCUGACAGCGCGUCUUCGGCUUGGAGUUAUCGGUACGGGGGAGAAGGAGAGUUACCCUUUCCUCUGCUACCAAAGGCAUCCCGCUCUCAACGGCGCCGACGACAACGCCUAUCAGCAGGGGAAGGCCAAUACCAGUGCACAUUCUGCACACAGUCCUUCAGAAAGAGACAUGACUGGUCAAGACACGAGAAGAGCGUUCACCUUCAGCUCGAUUCCUGGAUCUGCACGCCAAAUCUCGAGGAGCUACGGCAACAAUACGAGUCUCAAGUGACUGAAUGCUAUUUUUGCGAGACCCCUUUCCCAACGCCGACCCAUUGGGAAGAACACGAGUUUCAUGUCUGCUCUACUAAGCCCACAGCUGAGCGUUCGUUUAGUCGAAAAGACUAUCUCUGGCAGCAUUUACGUAAAUUCCACGCUUGCACCAAAAGCCUCGUUCACCUCGAUGCCUGGCGUGAAACAGGCGCCAAUGUCCAAAGCCGUUGCGGCUUUUGCAACCGUUCGCUCUCCACAUGGACUGCUCGGGUGGAACACAUCGCAGAACACUUCAAACAUGGGGCGCGCAUGCAGCAAUGGGAAGGCGACUGGGGACUCGAUUCUUCAGCCAUGAGCGUCCUUCGAAACGCAGUCCUCCCCGCACAGCGGUCUCUGGCGAGUCCAUCUACAUAA